CAACCAGGAGAGAAUCGGGAUCGCGACGUCGAAACAAGGAAGAAGACGCGACGCGACGAGUGAGAGCGAGCUGUUUUCCGAUGAAAACGCCGACGCUCCUCCUCCUUCCAUUCUUGGUCUUCGUAUCCAUAAUUCUUCCCUCAAGCUGCCAUGGCGAAUGGGAAAUCCUCACGGAGCAAAACUUCUCUUCUCAGAUCCGUCUCCACCCUCACGUCCUCCUCUUUGUCACCACUCCAUGGUGUGGUGAGUCCAGAUCUCUUAAGUAUGAAAUUACUCAGAUGGUUCAGAGAAGAGAAGAGUUUGGCUUGUUGAAGUUAAUGGUUGUAUACAGAAACUCAGAAAAGGUGUUAGCACAAGCCAUUGGUGCUGCUGUCAAUGGGAUAACAAUUUUGUACUAUCACAAUAGUGUGCCUUACAACUAUCUAGGGAAACUCCGAGCCUCGAAUAUAUUGUCAUCUAUUCAUCCUUAUCUGACAUCUACGCCUGAAGAACUCCCUCUCAAACAUUUGAAGUCUCCAAAGAGUUUGAAAGAUUUCCUUCAAUCAUCUGAUAAGGCUUUACUUCUGUUCGAAUUUUGCGGAUGGACAACUACACUGAUGUCUGAGCUGAAGAAAAAUGUUACUCAAGAUAACCUUUGGCAGGGUGAGAGAUAGUCCUCCUGAUCUUGUGAGAUUAAUUAUGUUCCUAUCAUGUUUGUUUCUUUUAUGGUUGAUUUCUAUAUAGUUUCUUCAUCUCCUAAUAGAUGAAGCUAGUAAUAGAUCUUUAGAGUUUAGAGAAAUUGGAAUGUGUGCCUAAUCCUUAGACAUUCUGAUCAUUACUUCGCAAGAAACUUCUCCAAAAAAGUAGAAACUGAUCGAGUGCUGAAGCUAAUAGGAAAAAAUAACCAGAAGGUGCCUGGUAGAUUCUCACUUCAUGUCUAGAUGAUGUUGAUAUGUUCUAGUAGGUGCAUUGCUUCCAUUAUGUUAAUCUUCUUUGAACCCUGAAAACAUGCUAUGCAGAAUGGAACAAUAUGUGUGGACUCCAAAGUGGAUUUGGUAAAGUUCCCUGGCUUGAGGAUUUUAGCUAUGCGAAUGAUACUGCUGCUUUGCAGGAACAUGGCAGGGUAAAUCUGGGUCUUGGACAGACAUGUAACCAUGAAGAGUUCAAGCGAUUUAGUUCAUUCCUCUUGAAAUUGAUUGCCACCACAAAAGAGUUUUCUCUGCCUCCGGAAAGGCAAAAAUUUGGUCUGAUCACAGAAGAAUCAUUGGCUUCAUCAUUUAAUUUUGGAAAAUCUGAUUCGUGGGCAGCGGUCCUUCAGCUGGCAGGAUGUCCACAUUGUUCUAAGAUUUUCAAGGCCGGGGAUGACAUUCAGAGAUUUUUAAAGAUGGAAAAUCCGAUAGUUACAGAGCUGGAGGACGACUGGCAGGACCAUGAGUCAUCUCUACCUGCAAGUAAACCGUCAGUUAUUCUUUUUGUGGAUAGAUCAAGUGGGUCCUUGGAGGAGAUGAGAAGGAGUAUAAAAGCACUUGAUACCUUCAGACAGGUAGCUGCACAGCAUAAAUUGUCUGACAUAAAAAAGUGGGAGAAUGAUAUUAUGUAUGAGAACCCCGUUAGUCAAACUGAUCAAGAAUCGGGGUCCGUGCCACUUCCGAAAACUGUCCAAAAGUUUAAGAAAAUUAAGUUCGAGAAUAAGGUUUCUUUUAUGAUUAUGGAUGGGGGUAAACAUGUAGCCCUAGAUACUAUAGCGCCAGGUAUGGAAGGCAGUUCCCUGCAGGAGAUACUGAAAAAUCUUCUUCACAGAAGAAAAGAAAGUAAAUUGAGCUCAAUUGCUAAGGAUGUUGGUUUCCGUCUGUUAUCUGAUGAUGUGCACAUAAAAGUUCUGGAUGCGUUACCGUCACAAGCAGAAGUUGUGUCUGGUCAAGAUACAACUUCAUCUUCUGCAGAAGGUUCCAGUGAAAUUUCACUUCACCCUACAGAAGCAGAUGUGCAGAACAGAGUCAGUAUGAGUUCUGAAGCAAAAGAUGAAAUGAAAUCCUCUGAAAUUGAAUCCUCCUCCCCUAGUGAUGAAGAGCAGGCUACUACAAACAGGAGUGAACAAUUAGUAGUGGCAGAAACCGAUAAGACUGAGGUUUAUUUGAAAGACAAUGUUAAUGGAGAGAUCAAGGUCUCGUUGCACUCAGAACCGAAGGAAGAUCUAGUGCAUAAAUUCACGGGUUCAUUUUUCUUCUCUGAUGCAAAUUAUGUUUUACUUAGGGCCCUUACUGGUGAUGUAAAGAUUCCAUCAGCAGUAAUUAUUGACCCUGCUUUACAACAGCACUAUGUCCUUCAAGAUAAGUUCAGCUAUUCGUCACUGGUCGACUUUCUUGAUGGAUAUCUCAAUGGAAGUCUAUCUCCUUAUGCACAGUCUGAAUCUAGCAUUCAGACGCCUAAAAGAGCUGCAGUUCCACCUUUUGUUAAUCUGGAUUUUCACGAGGUGGAUUCUAUUCCCCGUGUCACAGUCAGUACCUUCUCCCACAUGGUUCAUGCAUGGGAUCAAUCCAGUGCAGAGAAGGCUCCUUGUCCUCUGUGCCAGGACGUUUUGGUCUUUUUUAGUAAUACUUGGUGUGGGUUUUGUCAGAGGAUGGAGCUAGUUCUGCAUGAAGUUUACCGAUCAUUAAAGGAAUAUAAAGCGAUUAUACAAGGAGGAUCCAGGAACAAUCAAAGAUCUGAAUUAGAGACACCAACUAAUGGCGAGAAUCUAAAAUCUCCACUUAUCUAUUUAAUGGAUUGCACGUUGAAUGAUUGCAGCUUGAUCCUAAAAUCAAUAAAUCAGAGGGAAGUGUAUCCUUCUCUGAUAUUAUUUCCAGCCGAGAGAAACAAAGUCACUCCAUAUGAAGGGGAGUCAUCUGUAACUGACAUAACAGAGUUUCUAGCUCGCCAUGCGAAUAACUCUCGCGAGUUUUUCAGACUCCUUCCUACUCUGUCUAGAAAUGGAAGAAGAAACUCAAACAAGGUGGAUCAGUCUUCUUCAUCUGCGGUAAAUAAUAAAGUGACAGAUGGUGAUAAACUUGUUGAGGUCGUUUUAAGGAACAGAGAGCCCGCUGAAAGAGAGGUAAACCACGACCAGGUCAAUUCCCAAUCGCCUCCAAUACACUCGCUCACAAACGCUCCCCAAGUGAAAACUGGCACAGUCCUGGUCGCUACAGAAAAGCUAGCUGCCUCCCUAACAUUUGCCAAAUCAAAGAUUCUGAUCAUAAAAGCAGGCCCCGAGAUCGGUUUCCUGGGCCUAAUCUUUAACAAACGGAUAAGGUGGAAAUCAUUCCCUGACCUCGGUGAAACAGCCGAGCUCUUGAAAGAGACUCCUCUAUCGUUCGGAGGUCCUGUAGUGGAUCCAGGAAUACCACUAUUAGCUCUGACCCGAGAGCGAGACUCUUCCACAAACCAUGAUCACCCGGAAAUCUCACCAGGCGUGUAUUUCCUAGAUCAUCAAUCUGUGGCCCGUCGAAUCCAAGAGUUGAAAUCUAGAGAGCUAAAUCCAAGUGAGUACUGGUUUUUCUUGGGAUACUCAAGCUGGAGUUAUGAGCAGUUGUUUGAUGAGAUCGGUCUUGGAGUGUGGGAUGUUGAUAACAGUGACAUUGACUUUGCUUGGCCUUAG